UGGUGGGUGUUGUGCGGUUAAAGAACGUGUCAUUAACACAGUGACAGUCAGUGAUGUCUUAGAACGAUGAACUGAAGGUAGCAAAAUGGACAGGAAACUGAUUGAGGGCAAGUCAGGGAUAUACGGGCAAGUGCGGCGGCUGCGGGCCCGAACGCCGGACGAGUCGAGCGAGCCGUCGUUCGAGGAGUUGCGUCGACGGUUCGACACUAGCGCCACGGCGAGCGGCGAAAUCGCUUCGAACCCCGCCACGCAUGGCAGCAUUACGAGACAAAUCGUCAGCGGAAAGCUUUUCAAGAAGUGUAAGAGCGCUACGUUCCAGAUAGAUGGCGCCACAUACACUAUUGUGGCGAGUCCCCCGGGCGGCGCGCCCCGCGAGGAGUUCCCGCGCCCGCCGCCGCCGCCCGCCGCACGGAACGGCUCACCGAAACAAGGCGGUCUGACGAUAGUCCGUCGGUCGUCGAGCCGCAGCAAGCGCGAGAGCUCGCCGCCCACCGACGAGCAGCUCGACCAGCUCGACCUCGACACAGAGCACUUGCCCGCCGUUGACACGCCCGAUGCCUGCGAUAAGGCCGCACUUAGAUUACGCUACCUCCUAAGACAACUAAACAGGGGUGAGAUCCCCGCAGAGACUUUACAAAAAAACCUCCAAUACGCCGCCAAAGUUCUUGAAGCUGUGUACAUUGACGAAACAAAGGAUAGGCGAGACGCCGAGCGGCCGAGAGUGCAGCCUGCGCUACAUAUGAGGCGGCUCCGCAUACCUUGCUGGGCGAGGUGUUCUGUAGAGAAAACGAACGAAGCAAAGAGACUAGCGGACGAAGACGAUGAGUUAUCGGAGGUUCAGCCGGACGCCGUGCCGCCGGAGGUGCGGGAGUGGCUGGCGUCCACGUUCACGAGGCAGCUGGCGACGGCGAAGCGGAAGUCGGACGAGAAGCCGAAGUUCCGGUCGGUGGCGCACGCCAUCAGGGCGGGGAUAUUCGUGGACAGGAUCUACAGGCGGGUCACGAGUACGGCCCUCAUGCAGUUCCCACAAGAUGUUGUCAGAGUCCUCAAGACAUUGGACGAGUGGUCGUUCGACGUGUUCGCGCUGCACGAGGCCUCCACCGGCGCCCCCGUCAAGUACCUCGGCUACGAGCUACUCAACCGAUACGGCAUGAUACACAAGUUCAAGGUGCCGUCUACGAUCCUGGAGAAUUUCCUGAGCCGGAUAGAGGAGGGCUACUGCCGGUUCCACAACCCCUACCACAACAACCUCCACGCGGCCGACGUCGCGCAGACCGUGCACUACAUGCUCUGCCAGACUGGACUCAUGAACUGGCUGUCCGACCUGGAGAUAUUCGCGACGCUGGUGGCGGCGAUCAUCCACGACUUCGAGCACACGGGCACCACCAACAACUUUCACGUGAUGUCGGGCACGGACACCGCGCUGCUGUACAACGACCGCGCCGUGCUGGAGAACCACCACAUCAGCGCUGCUUUCAGGCUAAUGAGGGACGAGGACAGCAACAUCCUGCAGAAUUUAUCCCGCGACGAGUACCGGGAGUUCCGGACGCUGGUGAUCGACAUGGUGCUGGCCACCGACAUGUCGUUCCACUUCCAGCAGCUGAAGAACAUGCGGUCGCUGCUGUCGCUCGCCGAGCCCGCUGUCGACAAAUCCAAAGCGGUGUCGCUGGUGCUGCAUUGCUGUGAUAUAUCGCAUCCGGCUAAGAGAUGGGACCUCCACCACCGCUGGACGAUGAGUCUUCUCGACGAGUUCUUCCUGCAGGGAGACAAGGAGAGGGAGAUGGGCCUGCCGUUCAGCCCGCUGUGCGACAGGAACAACACACUCGUGGCGGAAUCUCAGAUCGGCUUCAUAGACUUCAUCGUUGAGCCGAGUAUGGGCGUGUGCGCCGAUAUGCUAGAGUGCAUCCUGGGGCCGCUGCACACGAGCACAAAGAACUCCACCAGCACAACCAGCCAGGAGCCGAUUAGCGAAGAAAAUACAGCCAGUGAAACCAGCUCUAAAUUCAAAAUCAAGAAGCCGUGGAUCACUUGCCUCACAGACAACAAGAAAAUAUGGAAGGAACAGGCAGCUAAAGAUGCUGAGGCACGGGCUAAGCAAGAGGAAGAGGAGAAUGCGACGCCGGCGCCGGAGGAAUAAUAUUUAGCCUCAUUUGUAAAUAGCGUUAAGUUGAGUUGUUACAGUAUGUUUCAUUCGUUGUUGAACAAAAGCUAAGCGAUGCGCUGUUCGCUUCAAGCUUUACUUUGUGUUCUUUUGCUCGCUGAAAUGCACCAAAAUUAUCUAGCCUUUUUGUGUAAAAUGGAGAUUUCAUUAAGACGUGUAAUUAGGAUAAACCAUGUAAAUUAGUAUCUAAAUUAGCUAAUUAGGAUGUAACAUUAGGUGACAUAUAAGAGACCUCUAAACCUCACCUAUUAUAUUACUUAGUCCUGACAUUUUUUUCCGUUACUAAGUUUUAAUUUUGAUGCGAUAUUGUAAAUCUAAUUUACUUAUUUAUUUUUUUAAGAUUUUCGUACCCACUUUCGUUACUGUAUAAUAAGCCGAUUUCGGAUUUGAUUUUGAAGAUCUGUAUCAAUAGUUUAAGGCUAUUUAUUUUAUAAAUGAAAUAGAAGUAAAGUUGUUCUAGUAGCACAAUCAUAGCCGACUAACUUGUAUAUUGUUGCGAAAUUGGAAGACAAUGUAGUGAGGUCAUUUUAAAUUGGUCGGUGGCGAGAAACCGCAUCGCGGUUCGUGCCGACUCAUAGAACUUUGUGUUGUGUAUAAUAAUUAAAAUCGGUUUGUUGUUCGUAACUAUGAUUAAUAGAUAGCGAUAAUGCAGAUUUAUUGUUUAAAAUAACGGUGUAUUUACUAUGCGGUAGCGCGCCGGGAACUAGUAGGUAUUAACUAUACGUUAGUUUAGUGUUUAAAAUUACUUCUCUCAAACGAGCAGGCCUCGAUAGACGGAAUUUUGUAUAAUAUACGGUCUCAUUUACACUUUUAUUAAUAAA